UUGAAUGUCAACAAAUCAGAAAUUGACUCAUUGAUCGAAGCUCGUUCGCAUUUUUAGCUCAUUUCGUGAACCAGAAGCACUGUCGCAGCCCGAUUUCCCGUGAAAAUGACGCAGAAAAGCCAAAAUAUCUUCGAUAAAUUGCUGGAAUUUAUCAAUUAUUGGUGGUUUCGUUAUUUGAUGGUUACUGAAUUGUACAUCGUCGAGAGAUGGGAACGAGUUGUCAUUCACGUUUUUUUCCUCGUUGUUUUCUUGCUGCAAUGGUAUUUCAAUCAGACAGUGUUGCUGCGAUUCACGGGAGCUUUGGUCAAUUUUGGGACCUUUUUGACGACGGGCGAUAGCGGGGCUUUUGCUUCAAGUGUGACCUCGUAAAAGGAAUUU